CUCACUCUUGAAUUUGCUUAGCGUUAUCGCUUGUCACUUUCGCCCUUUUUCCCCAAAACCAAACCCCACACAGCAACGCUGUCAGCCUUUACGCUCCCCCGCGCGUCCCGCACCACCCCCACGACCACCACCACCAACCCUUCGGGUGAAUCUUCCGGCGGUGUCUCCUCAAUCCAACCAUUGUUAUUACAAUCAAUGAGACUGGACCUUUAAGCUUUAGCGAUCUUUUUUCUUUUUUUCUUCUUUUUCCUUCUACACGCGGUUUUUUUUUCUUCAGCAUUUCGUCUGUUGUUCGUUUCGCUUCUUCGCCUUCCAUUCUUCCCUCCCCCAUUUCAUCACCUCAUUCUCUGCAACCAUGGCGCCCCCCGCACUCGAGUCGUCCUGCAACACCCUCGUCGCCCCGGCUUCGCCCGCCGCUUCGAACACCCGCGCGGCCAAGACCAACCCCGCUGCUGGCUCGACGGCCCUCUUUGGCCAGACCCGCGUCACGUCGUACCCGGCUGCCAACGCCCCGUCUGACGGCGGCUUUGCCACUCUGCUGAGCGCCGAGCAGCGCGCCGCAGACCAGCUGGCCAAGGUGUUUGUCGCCGCCCCGCUCGACCUGGUCAACCACCACUCGCCCACCUGGACGGCCAUGCUCACCGUGAACAGGCGCUUUGUCAUCCAGCCCCCGUCGUCGGCUGCCGCCGCCCUUGGCGCCAAGCAAACCCUUGUCGUGCUCCUCGACCUGGCUGAGCACCACCUCUGCACUGAGGUUUCGCUCGUCGUUCUCCGCAACGCCGAGUCUGCUGACGCCAACGCUGAGACUGAUGCCCUCGUCCGUGGCCUCGUCUACCUCGGCUUUGCUCUGGCUGCGCCCGGCUCUGCCAACCAGCUUGGAAACUCCUCCUACCACACUCUGACCUACUCGCUCUGAAAAACAAAUGCGAGUCGACUUGCACCUUUCGUGCCACAGUUGAGCGUUCGCUUCCUGUCACGCUGUGCUUGUUUCUUUCUGUCAAUCACCCGACCGACCGACUGUUGUCGGCUGUCCUUGUGUGUAUGUGUGUGUAGCGGACAUUGGAACUUGAGGUUUGCAUGCUCACAACACUUGUCCAAAACAAAAAAAAAAACCAAAUAAAAAGUACAAAACUC